AUGUGUGGAAUAGCCGUGAGCAUUGCGCUGGACCGGCGCCAGCGCCAACCAUGCACGCCGGAAACCCGCGCCGAACUCGAGACCAAGCUCAGUGACAGCCUUGACCUGAUCGCACACCGUGGCCCCGACGCAAAGGGCAUCUGGAUCAACGAGGAUGCCUCCGUUGGCCUCGGACACAACCGCCUGUCCAUCAACGACCUCUCCCCCGCCGGCAACCAACCCCACCACUCCCCCAGCAACAACAUCCACGCCGUCAUCAACGGCGAGAUCUACGACCCCUGCAACACCCUGCGCAGCACGCUCUCCACCCAGCACGGUUACGCCUUCCACUCCCACACCGACACGGAACUCGUCCUCGCCCUAUACCUCGCCCACGGCUCGCCCGCCUUCCUCACCCACCUACGCGGCGAGUUCUCGCUGGUCCUCUACGACGCGCGCGGGCCGGGCCCGGGAAAAGUCGUGCUGGCGCGCGACCGGGUCGGGGAAAGGACGUUGUUUGAGGGGGUGAGGAAGGUGGUGCCGGGGGGGUGGGUGGAGGUGGAGGUUGGGGGUGGGGGGAAGAUGGUGAAGGGGGUGUAUUGGGAUUUGGGGUAUCCGGAUAAGGUGGGCAAUCAGGACGCCACCAGCCGCAUUGCCUGCUUCAGCAUCGAGUUUCCGGACUCACAGGCUCACAACGAGUCGGACAUCGCCGAGAGGACGGCCAACUGGCUGGGUGUUCAGAUCCUCAAGCAGCGCAUGGACGAGGCCGCGCUGGCCGAGAACUUUGCCGACGCAGCCUACCACAGCGAGCACCACAACAUGGACCUCAACUCGGUGGGCAAGUUCUGCCUCUCGAAACUCCCGCGCGAGCAUGGCUUCAAGGUCGUUCUCACGGGCGAGGGCUCCGACGAGCACUUCGCCGGCUACUCCUUCUUCAUCCCCGACAUGCUGCGCGAGCCCGACCUCGCCAUGCCCGAGUCGGUUCUGGCCAGCGACCCCGAGCUGCGCGCCGAUCUGCACCACAGGACGGAGCAGACCAUCGAGGCGGGGGUGCGCCUCGCGCAGACGGGCACAGCCCAACGCGCGGGCGACCCGGAGGCAUCUCAUGCACUCAAUGGCGUCAAGAUCCUGAGCUGGACCCAAGCAUGGCAAUCACCGCUCAACGUCGUCGCGCCGCAAUUCCGCGAACGAUGGGCCGACCCCAAUGGCCAGCUGGCAAAAGCCAAGGAGAUACCAACCUCGGCAAAGGAAAAGAUCAGGACGGCGUGGCACCCGCUGCACUCAGCACAAUACCUAUGGACCAAGACGCUGCUGGCCAACAACCUGCUAACCUGUCUCGGGGACCGCACCGAGAUGGCGCACAGCAUCGAGGCGCGGCCGCCGUUCCUGGACCACGAGCUGUCCGAGUACGUCAACGGGCUCCCGCCAAGCGUCAAGCUGGCGUACACGCCCGCGGCGGCGGCGGCGGCCCAGAAGUCGGGCACGCCCUGGGACGCCCGCGGGAUUAUCACCAGCUCCUUCACGGAGAAAUGGAUCCUCCGCGAGGCGGGCAAGCCCUACAUCACGCAGGAGCUGUACGAGCGGAGGAAGCAACCGUACUUGGCCCCGAGCAAGUGGCCCAGGGAUGGGCCAAUGCAUAGGAAAAUGCGGGAGAUCUGUACGCAGAAAGCGGUGGAGAAGCUCGGGUUCGUGGACUGGGAGGUUGUGAAGAAGGCGUUGGACACUGGGUUCGGCGACGACGCGGACAACAUGGCAUUUAGAGUUUUGGUUGUUGUCGGGGGUUGGGUGUCGAUCGGGGAGAGGUUUGGCGUCCAACGGGCGGAGUUAGAUGGUUGA